AUGCGGUCUCUUCCUCUUCACGUAGCAAUGGCACAGUUUGCCUAUGCUAUACCAGAUGCGUUCAACCCACUUACCUACGUUGACAGUCUGAUUGGAACCGCUAACGAGGGCAAUGUAUUCGCUGGUGCGACACUGCCGUAUGGCAUUGCCAAAGCUGUCGCUGAUACGAACAGUACUUCUCGUCAAGGAGGCUUUACGUUAGAUGGCAGCCCUGUGACCGGGUUUUCUGCCUUCCAUGACUCUGGCACAGGAGGCAGCCCCAGCUUAGGCAAUUUCCCACUUUUCGCAUAUGCCCAAUGUCCGCAAGACGAUAUCAAUCAGUGCAGUUUUCCAAAAAAGGACCGAGCGGCAAAGGGAUUCUUCAGUAACUCAAGCGUGAUCUCUCGGCCUGGAUAUUUUGCUAUCACAUUGGCGAGCAAUAUCAUGGCAGAAAUGACCACCACCCAUAGUGCCGCUUUGUUUCGCUUCACUUUCCCAGGGUCCGGUAAUGGCAACGGAUCUUAUCCAUUGAUCCUUCAGGAUCUCACGGAUCUAUCUGACUCACGCCAGGAUAAUGGAACAGUAUCUAUUGACGCACAGACUGGAAGAAUUAUAGGAGGUGCGGUGUUCAAACCAAGCUUUGGUAAAGGAACUUACGAAGCUUUUUUCUGCACGGAUUUUCAAGGCCCUGCCAUCCAAGACACUGGAGUUUUUGUCAAUAGUCGUGCAACUACUAGCGUCAAGGAUCUCACGAUAAGCACUGGUAUAAACGGUUACCCUCUACCUGGAGGCGCCUUCGUAAGGUUUGAGACAGUUAAUACGCCUAUAUUAGCGCGAGUAGGAGUGAGCUUCAUCAGCUCAGCCAAGGCUUGUGCGAAUGCAGAGGCAGAGAUACCAGAAUUCAACUUCGACAAUGUUGCAGAAGCCGCUUCAGAUGCUUGGCGCGACAAACUAAGCCCCAUCACUGUGACUCCCGGACCUGGAGUCGAUGAGGCGCUAAUCACCAGUUUCUAUAGUGGCAUCUACAGAACCAUGGUCAACCCACAAAACUAUACAGGAGAGAACCCCUUCUGGGACAGCGGUGAACCAUACUUUGAUUCUUUUUACUGCCUUUGGGACAGUUUCAGAUCUCAACUUCCAUUUCUGACAGUUCUCGACCCAGCAGCGGUCUCCCAAAUGAUACGCUCAUUGAUCGACACGUACCGUGUCGAAGGCUGGCUCCCCGAUUGUCAUAUGACAUUCUGUAAAGGCUACACUCAAGGUGGUUCUAACGCCGAUGUGGUCCUUGCUGAUGCCUUCAUCAAAGGUCUUACAGACAACAUCGACUGGGCGGUAGGUUACGAAGCAGUAAUUAAAGACGCUGAAAUUGAGCCAUUUGAUUGGUCAGUUCACGGACGUGGAGGUCUGGAUAGUUGGAAAGAUCUGGGAUAUAUUCCAGCACAGGAUCUUGACUAUAAGGGUUUUGGUACUAUGACGAGAAGCAUUUCCAGGACUCUGGAAUACAGCUACAACGACUACUGUAUCUCGCAGAUGGCAAACGGUUUGAACAAGAGCACAGAUGCUGAAAAAUACGUGAGCUCGAGCGAGAACUGGAAGAAUCUCUUUAAUCCAAUCCAGCAGUCUGUUCUCUACACGGGAUCGGAUACUGGAUUUGUCGGAUUUUUCCAGCCAAAGUAUCUUAACCAGACAUGGGCUGUGCAAAACCCACUAUCAUGUAGUAACAUCGACAAUGGCCCACAGACAUAUGGCUGCAGUCUCCAAAACACAGCCCUCGAAACAUAUGAAAGCAGCAUUUGGGAGUAUGGCUUUUUCGUGCCUCACAAUCAGGCUGGUCUGAUAACUCUCUAUGGUGGUUCUGAUGCUUUCGUGCGUCGGCUGGAAUAUCUACAUGAUACCAAUAUCACUGCGAUCUGGAAUGAGCCCUCGUUCCUUACCGUGUUCCAAUACCACUAUGCCGGUCGUCCUGCACUGUCCGCGCAGAGAUCUCACUUUUAUAUCCCUCGUUAUUUCAAUACUGCUCCUGGCGGACUUCCAGGUAACGACGACAGUGGUGCCAUGGGCUCUUUUCUCGCUUUCUCCAUGAUGGGUCUGUUUCCAAAUCCGGGACAGGACGUGUACCUUAUCACCCCACCGUACUUCGAGUCCAUCAGUUUCAGGCAUCCCGUCACGAACAAGACAGCCAUUAUCAGGAAUGUCAAUUUUGACCCUACCUACCGAUCCAUAUACAUCCAGUCUGCCACGCUGAAUGGCGAGCCGCACACGAAUAACUGGAUUGAUCACAGCUUCUUCACCGAAGGUAAAGAGCUUGUCCUUACACUUGGCUCGAACGAGAGCGCUUGGGGCACACAUGAGUUCGAUAUACCACCGAGCUUGGCUUAG